AUGCAGAGAACUAAACCUAAUCAACAGGCUAGUGGGAGAGAUAAGGAAAAGGUUAAGGCAAUUGUCAAUGGGUCUGAGGAAGGUGAAGGUAGCGAACAUGUGAAAGAAGUGCGUACAAAGCUUCGAAAUGAUCCAACUUUGUCUGAGUUUUUGCGAUUGAUGGUAGAUGGUGAUAAACUGAAAAGGAAGAACAAGGUGACAUCUACCACAGUUCAGGCUGAAGAUGCGGUUUUCCCUGCUGUUGGCUUAGGUUCUCCGUCCCACCGCCUCCCUCAUUUCUCUUCACUCCCGCCGCCCAUCUCCUCCCCCUUCUCAGCGGAGUCGCCGCCGGCGAACCAUGGCCACCGCCGAGCACCCCUCGCCCCUCUGGUGAGCCUUCGAUCGCUCGCGCAUACACUGACGGGGGCAGAGGGCCAAGCCCUAGCCCUGCCAAACAGCACGUUGCCCUUCCCACGCCACCCAGAUCCGCCAAACCACCACCGCCCUAAGCCGCCGAACCACCACCACGCGGCUCUGGUCUCCUUUCAAAAACCCAGAUCCGCCAAACCACCACCCUCAAUUUCUAGGUUCGAUUUGAGAGAGGAAGAGAGUGGCGGAUCUGGUUCUGAGGCGGCGGAGGUGUCGCUCGAGAUGCGUGCGCGUCUGAAACCGCCGCCCAUCCCCCUCUCUUUUCCUUCUCCGGCCGCCGUAGCAGUGAGGCCACCACUCUCCUUCUGA